AUGGAAGACACGGCCUCUCUGGAGCAAGAAAAAGAAAAUAAACAACAGGAGGAAACAGAGAAGCCAUGGGAAAGAAAGAUAGCAUCUUCUUCCCAAGAUUCUGAGCCUGCAUCAUCUGACCACUGGGAAGUGGAACAGAGGCGGGAAACUGGACCUCCUCACAAGAAUAGCCCUCCUAGAAGCCCCCAGUCUAAAGACAGCACAUAUCUGGAUGACCUCAGAACACAUGCGUCACCUUCCCAUUCCUCUCCUCGGGAACUUUCUCUUAUUCCUUCUGCCUUGGCUCUGGCAAAACAGAAUCUUGCCAUACCAUCUCCCUCAGACAGGACCACUAAUGAGAUUCCUGAAGCUGGGAAACUUCAUCCUGAUCUGCUGGAACAACCAUCUGAUAAGAAAGAACCAACUCAAUAUCACUCAAGCCAACCAGAGGGAAACACCUGUCAAUUGCCCCAGCAACCCAAACCUCUCCUGCAGAGAACAAGGAAUGUGAGCCAUAAUGACAAAUCAAAAGGGCAGAGAUUUGAUGUAUUUCAGGAGGAAGAUUCUAACAGUAAUUAUGGUCUAGAUCAGACUGAGCCAGGAGCCUUCGAAGUGGCCCCCAGCAUGCUGGAAACUGCCAUUCAGAAUGCAAAGGCUUACCUACUAAAGACCAGCAGCAGAUCCGGCUUCAAUGUAUAUGAUCAUCUUUCUAAUGUGCUGACCAAGAUAUUAGAUGAGCGUCCUGAAGAUGCUGUUGACAUCAUUGAAAACAUAAGCCAAGAUGUGAAAAUGGAACAUUUUAAUAAAAAAUUAGACACACUCCAAAAUGAGAAUGAAAUGCUUCCAACAUAUGAAAUAGCAGAAAAACAAAAGGUUCUUUUUCUCCAAGGACAUUUGGAAGGAGCUGAUCAAGAACUAGAGGAGGAGGAAAUAGUAGAAAACUCUCUUCCAAAUAUAAUGGAGUCAGCUUUUUAUUUUGAACAAGCUGGAAUUGGUUUGGGCACUGAUGAGACUUACCGCAUAUUUCUUGCUCUCAAGCAACUCACUGACACCCACCCAAUCCAAAGAUGCCGUUUCUGGGGGAAAAUCUUGGGUGUAGAAAUGAAUUAUAUUGUAGCUGAAGUGGAACUUCGUGAGGGGGAAGAUGAAGAGGAGGUGGAAGAGGAAGAUAUGGCUGAAGAGAGGGACAACAGAGAAAGCGAACCUGAUGAAGAUGAGGAGGACGAAUUACCAAAGUCUUUUUACAAGGCCCCACCAGUCAUACCAAAAGAAGAAAGUAGAACAGGAGCCAAUAAAUAUGUCUAUUUUGUUUGCAAUGAACCAGGAAGACCAUGGGUGAAGUUACCAUCAGUUACACCUGCGCAAAUUGUUGUUGCAAGAAAAAUUAAGAAAUUUUUCACUGGGCGAUUGGAUGCUCCUAUCAUAAGCUACCCACCCUUCCCAGGAAAUGAGAGCAAUUACUUACGAGCACAAAUUGCCCGAAUUUCAGCAGGGACUCACGUCAGCCCUCUAGGAUUCUACCAAUUUAGUGAAGAGGAAGGAGAGGAAGAGGAAGAGCUGGAAGGUGGGCGAGACAGCUUUGAGGAAAACCCUGACUUUGAAGGCAUCCAAGUGACUGAUCUAGUGGAAUCUCUAUCCAAUUGGGUUCACCAUGUACAGCAUAUUCUCCCUCAGGGUCGCUGUAAUUGGUUCAAUCCUAUACAAAAGAAUGAGGAGGAAGAGGAAGAAGAUGAAGGAAAAGAAGAAGAAAAAGGAGAAGAGUCUGAUUAUAUAGAACAAGAAGUGGGACCUCCUCUUUUGACACCAAUCUCUGAAGAUACAGAGAUUCAAACUAUACCUCCUUGGACUACACGGCUGUCCUCAAAUCUCAUCCCACAAUAUGCUAUUGCAGUCCUUCGAUCCAACAUUUGGCCUGGAGCUUAUGCUUUUUCCAAUGGCAAGAAAUUUGAAAAUCUCUACAUAGGCUGGGGCCAUAAGUAUAGUGUAGACAAUUAUACACCUCCAGUUCCACCACCAGUUUAUCUAGAGUACCCCAGUGGCCCAGAAAUUACGGAAAUGGAUGAUCCCAGUGUGGAACAGGAGCAGGCUUUCAAAGCUGCACAAGAAGCAGCUGCACUUGCAUCUGAAGAGAAUGAAGAAACUGAGGAAGAUGAAGAUGAGGAAGAUGACUAUGACUAA